UGCUCGUCUUGCACAUAUAGCUGUCUGACAUUACAAAGCUUGUCGAGGCAUUUGCACCAUUUUAUUCGAAACACUGAGUAGGUUCAUUUUGAUGCGUUUUCCUAGCUACUUUCUAUAUUUACGAAAACGAAGCUCCGACGCCCAAAGUGUGAAAACUUGGUUCUGUUACAUUUAUUUACGUAACCUGCUUUGACGAGAACCGUUGCUUAUAACGCUUAAAAUGUCUGUCAAGCAAAACAGAUAGAUCUCGGAUGCAAUCUUGUACGAGGCAACACUUAACGCUUCGACGUUAGCGUAGGCUUGAGCAGAGACACACAAUCGUCUCUACAGAGGAUGUGAUCAUUGUGCCGUAAUUUUAUUGAGGCCUAUUGGCCAGAAGCCUUACGGCGGUGUUCACAGGGUGUUUCUUUAUUUGUUCGUCUCACACGCGGUCAAAAUGGCGGGCGGUAACACUAUGGUUCAGCCGAACUCUACUGAACAAGCGCUUUUCUCUGAAUUUACUGAGUGGCGUUUUCAAGAUUCACCGGAAUUCGCAACGAUGUUUGGAAUCCACAAAUACGAUGACCAGCUGGAGUCAUACAGCCUGGCUUCGUUCGAGUCACGCCGUACUAAGGUUGUCAGUCUCCUAGAACGAGCUAAACAGCUUCGUCUUGAUAAAGCUCAGCAAUGCGAAGCCACCUGCUUAUCAUCAUUAGUGGAUCUAGAUCUGUUUAUAGAGAUGUUACAGAUAUAUCUUGACGGCUUUGCUACGAAGUCCUACGUCUUUCCGUUGGCGAGAAUCGACGGUUUGAAUGUAGAGUUAGCACAAAUUAUCUCAUAUAUGAAGUUCGAAACUGCGGACGACUUUAAUAAGUUGACUCGACGAUUGCGUGCCGUUCCUGCACAAAUCGAGGGCGUUGUGGAGAUUAUGCGGGAAGGGAUUCGCAGCGAGCUUACAUUGCAUUCUAUCUCAUUGAAAAAUGUGGUAGAAAGCCUUACAGACCUAGUCAAUCAGGAGCCCAGUAAUACGCCUUACUACACGCCGGUUGCAGAGAGUAAGCUCACCCUAACUGACUCACAGAAGAUGCAAGUUAUCGAGGGUAUCAGAGAAGCUCAGAAAGGACUUUCUGUUUUAAGGGACUUUAUCAGAGAUGAGUAUCUAGCGGCUUGUCGGAAGAAUAUAGGCGUUAGUUCAUUGCCCAAUGGAGAGGCGUAUUAUGCUGAAUGCCUUAAGCACCAUCUCGGGUACGCAGCGAAGCCAUCUGACGUGCACGACAUUGGAUUAAAGGAGGUUGCACGAAUCAAUAACGAAAUCAAAAAGGUGAUUACUGAACUGGGACUCCAGGAUACGCCUAAGGACUUUGCUGAAAAGAUGCGUCAGGAUCCGCAGUUCAUUCUCGGUAGUCAGGAAGAGAUAAAAGACCUUUAUAAGUGUAUUCUCGAGGAAAGAAUUCAACCGCAACUGUCAAAAUAUUUCCGCACUGUGCCACAAGCUAAGUUAAAUCUCGAACUCGUGAGUGCGUCAAGAGCUGCUGGACCUGCUGCAUACUACAUUCAGGGUGCAGUAGACGGUUCGCGUCCAGGUAUGUUUUACAUUAACGGAAAUGACGUUCGUCGCUCGCCAACCUACAUAAUGCCAGCACUGGCCUUACAUGAAGCUAACCCAGGCCAUCAUCUCCAGGGGUCUCGUCUACUUGAGACACGCGAUUUGGCCAGCUUCCGGCUGCUCAUGGAAGAUCGUCGCUAUACGGAUAUGCCUACCCAUUUUCCUUUACAUACUGCGUAUAUUGAGGGUUGGGGCUUGUACAGCGAGUCUUUGGGCCAUGAAAUGGGAGUUUAUCAUACGCCAUACGAGAAGUACGGCCAUUACUCUCAAGAAAUAUUAAGGGCUUGCCGCCUGGUAGUUGAUACAGGCAUGCAUGCGUUCAACUGGACGCGUCAACAGGCGAUUGAUUUUAUGUUGGAGCAUACGGCGUCGUCACUUUCGGAAAUCGAGUCGGAAGUUGAUCGGUAUAUUACCUGGCCUGGACAAGCAUGUGGAUACAAGAUUGGAGAACUUCGAAUCAAACAGCUCCGACAAAAAGCCAACGACGCGCUUGGUUCAGCAUUCGACAUUCGCGAUUUUCACGAGGUUGUUAUGAACCACAUGGGUACGCUAGCUUUUCUAGAAAAAGGCGUCGAUGCUUACAUCGCGAAACAGAGGAAAUGAUUGGCGGGUGCAAUGGAGACUAUAAACGCUUUGACUUUUGAUAAUAAACGUCGUAAUUCUACCAAAGUCUCCUCUAUUUUUGCUUAUGCAAAACAAUUAAAAUGUAAAACUAGGAACUUCCGCGCAUUAUUUCCAUAGUGACAUCUUAUAAAACUACAUUUAUCCUCUAUAUAUUUCUAUAUUUACCCUCAAACACCUUUCCGUACAGAAAUUUCUCCAAUUUGUAUGGUGAGAGAAUAAUUCUUAUAUUAAGAGAAUGACUCAUACUAACUUGUAUUAAGUCUAGUGCCAGAUAUUAUGCAUCAGUUUUGACAAGUUGCAUCAAUUUAAAAGGAUAUAAAAUCGGGAAGGACACUCGUAUAAGACAUUUUAAGCCUAGAUGUUUCCCUGUUAUGUUUACGUUGACAUCUAACCGCGAAUAUGUAGGAAAUACUUUUUCAUACCAUAUAUAUUCAUGGCAUAUAUUCAUAUAUUCAUGGCAUUAAUAGCCUUCGUUUUUUAACGAUAUUACCACCCAAAUUAUCCAGCUAA